GAGGCAGGGUAUGGGCCCUUUAAUCCUGAGGAGACAGAUUAGCUCAAACAGGAGUUGAUUCAAGUAAAAUCAAGAGGCCUGAUAUUUGGUGUAAGAGCUGCUUUCCUGUUUGAUAAUGAUAUUUCAGCAUAAGGAUGUGUAAAAGCUUGUUUUCGGUAUGGUUUGUUAACGUACAGCGUUUACGUGCGUUGCUGCGUCUCAUCUCAACUACAGCAACGCAACUGUGGAAUUUCCCUCACAACACAAGCCCCGCUCCUUCAUCCGCCGUCGCGGCGCUUCUGAUUGGCUAGAGAAACUUUAUUCCCGUUGUUGAUUGGUUCUUGGCGGCGCCAAUCAUUUUGCUUCCUGUUUUUUUUUCCUGUGUGCUGAGGUAAAAAGCAAAAAAGUUUAAAAGACGGCGAUGUCAACACUGUGAGGUGCUCCCUUCACCAUGUCCGGUGUCACACAUCAAAACCGGAGGCGGCGCCCCUCAAAAAUGUACAUGGUCAUAUCCGACCAUAAGGUGCAGGACCAUCUGGAUGGUACCAUUCGCCUCCAAAGGGGGCAUCUGUGCCAGGAGCAGGAUGGUGGAGGGGAACGUGGUGGAAGAGGAGAUUACGUGUGGGUAAAGGUGAUAGACAACGGCAGCAUGGUGAAGCUUGAUAAACAUUUGCUAGAUGAAGUACCCCCUGACCUAGCCAGCCUGUUGGAACCUAUCAGUGACCUAGACCUACGCUUCAAACUGCUGUCCAAACCUUACCGGCUACUGCGACUGGCUGCCUUACCCCUGGGUUCACCAGUGUUGGUGCGCUGGAGCCAGACUGGAGAGUUUGCAGAGGCUGAACUUCGUUAUCGAGGUCCACUAACCCGAGGAAGUGCUGCUGUGUACUUUGGAGUCCAACUGAAAGGCUGGGCAGCAGGUAAGGGCAACAGUAAUGGAAGCUACAAAGGACACCAGCUCUUCACAUGUCCAGAGCAGUGCGCCCUCUUCGUGGCAGCCAGCGAGCUGACCCUCCGCCGCUCCUCUCGAAGUGGCAGCGCUGGGGACCAUGAGCUUGAGCGUGAAGCUAACAGACCAAACCACUCAAACCACAACUCCAGCAAUAAUCAGAGCUCUAGCUACAACCACAAUGCAGUUAACAUCCUGCAGUCACGGACUGCAGAAUCAGCCCCACCUCCUGCCUCUCCACCUCCGCUGCAAACAGGACAGAGGGUGUGUUUCAGCCAGGACAGCACACUCCACUCAGGCACUGUGCAGUUCUUUGGCCCACUGCCCACCCGGACGUCCUUAGGACUGCAUGUCGGACUCUUACUGGACAGUCCGGUAGGAAACUGGAAUGGCUUCUAUAAAAACUACAAGCUGUGUUCCAUCCCUUCUCCUGAAUAUGGCUAUCUUCUGCCCAUCUCCAAAGUGACUGCAGAAACGAGAUCAGAGCGCACACCUCCGCUUGGAUCUACUCCCAAAAGCCCUCCAGCGCUUCCUCCAUUUCCUUCCUCUAAAUCUGCCCUUCAGCCUUCUUCACCCACCCAUAACAAGCACCCACCGCAGCCUACAGCACCUGCAAAUCCCAACUCAAGACCACUGAUACAGCCUGCCAUGCUAGCCAUGGCUAAAUCUGCCCUACAGCCUCCUUCUUCUUCACCAUCACCAGCUCCAAAAGUCGUUUUAAAGCCUCCUCCUCUUCCCGUCCCUAAAUCUGCUCUUAAACCACCUUCAGUUCCGCCCCCUAAGCCACAAGCCCUGCCUCUUUCACCACCCACUGACCAAUCAUAUUCUUCAAAUGGUUUUCACAAUCCACCCUCUCCACCAGUUCCUGAGGAGAAGACGGAGCCUAAAACAUGGUUAGAGGUCGGCUCGAUGGUGGAGAUGAAUGAGCCACCAAUUUUUGGAGUAAUUCAAUGGAUUGGUCAGAUCCCUGGCAUUUCAGAACCAGUGGCUGGAAUAGAACUGGAUCAAGAGUUGAGUGCUGCCACUGAUGGCAGUUACCUUGGCGAACGCCACUUUCGUUGCCCUCCUCAUAAGGGGUUGUUUGUUAAACUGCGGAACUGUAGACGGGACUCCAGAUUCCCCGCCCCCGAGAUGCCUAUCAAUCAGGUGGAGCGCUGCAAUUCGAUUGCAUUUGCGGAGUGGGGCAGUAAGCGCGUUGAGGAGAACACUCCACCAGUCCUGGGGCAGGAGGCUCGGCGGUUGUAUGAAGGCUUUAAGAAAGGCAUCCAGGGUCAUCUCAACUCCUGCUACCUGGAUGCUUCACUCUUUAGUCUUUUCUCAUGCUGUAGUUCAGUUGAUUGGGUUUUGUUUUUUCCCUCCAAUGAGGACGGUCAUCGCAGUAAAGAUGCUCAGGAAUUGCUGCGCUGUGAAAUCGUCAACCCUUUACGCAGGUAUGGAUACGUGUGUGCCAGUAAGACCAUGGCUCUGCGGAAGCUUCUGGAAGCUGAGACUACAGAUGCAGGCUUUACUAAUGAAGAGAAAGACCCUGAGGAAUUUCUCAACAAGCUUUUCCAGCUCCUCCGGGUAGAACCACUUCUGAAGAUCAGGUCAAUGAGCCAGGAGCCACAGGAGUGCCACAUCUACCAACUCUUCCCUCCCUCCGUCUCCCCCUCUCUAUCCUCCCCCAUGCACUCUCCUCUCUUUCCCUCCUUCACUCCCUCCCUUUCACCCAUCCCUCUCUCCUCGCCCCCUGCUGGACUCAUGAGGGUUGCCAGCGUGCAGACAUUGCUGGAGUCCUCCUUCAUGCAUUCUGGCCUUAAAUUCUCUGAGGCUCCAUCCUGUCUGCCACUCCUCAUGCCACGCUUUGGUAAAGAGUUUAAGAUGUUUGACGCGAUUCUGCCUUCCCUCACACUCGACAUCACUGACCUACUGGACGAGACACUCAGACAGUGUAGUAUAUGUCAGACAGUGGCAGAGUGGGAGUGCCUGCAGUGUUAUGAGGAUCUGGACAUCACACCUGGCCAGUUAAAACAGUACUGCAACACCUGCAAUGCACAGGUUCACGCCCAUAAGAAGCGUCAGACACACAAACCGCUGAAGGUCAGAAUACCCAAGGGCACAUGGGAGGGGCCAGUGCACGGCACUCGUCAGCAGCUGUCUCUCUUUGCUGUGACGUGCAUUGAGACCAGCCACUACGUGAGCUUUGUGAAGCACGGACCACUCCUUACUGACUGGCUGUUUUUCGAUAGUAUGGCUGACAGAAAGGGAGGAGAGAAUGGCUUCAAUGUGCCGCAGGUGAGAGCGUGUCCCGAGGUGGGACGUUACCUCAGCCUAUCACAGGAGGAGCUGAGCCGUCUAGACUCCGCCUCCCUCAAGGAGCCCGUCCGACGAUUACUUUGCGAUGCCUACAUGUGUCUUUAUCACUGUCCUGAACUGAGCCUGUAUAAGUGACACAAAUGUAACCCUGCUCACUGUUGUCCUGAGCUGAGUAGCUCCGACCAUGUUUUUUCACCUCAUAAUGUUGCAACACAAAGUGGUAUUUCUUAGUUAGCCAGGUAGUCCAUUUUUCAGCAUCUUUAUCUGCCACAUCUGUAUCAUACUGGCAACAAGCAUUUUGUCUUGUUUAUUUGCACUGGUCAGGUGCUUAAGCAGCUGUCCAUAGAUUUAUCUCUUCGAAGUAUAAGGAAAUGUGUCACUUAUUGUCAGUGGUAAUCGAUAGUACAGAUACAGCAGAUAGAGAUUAGGGUGAAAACAUUAAUCAGGCUUGUUGGGUUGGGUUUUCUGAGAAAUCCUGCUUUGUGAACACCCCCCCCCCUCCCCCAGUUUCUAAUACACAUCACUCUUUUCAUUCCAGCAUGUAAAAGUGACUAAAUGCAGUCAACAUAAUGCAAACUUAAAACUACAUUUAAUUUCAUCUUGUCCAAUUUUCAUCCUAAAGGAACCCAACCAGGCCAUUACCUGACUUCAUCUGCUUUAUUCAGCAUUCAGUCACUGUAUAAUAGGGUUUAGACCAAUUCCAUGUUGAGACUGUACCACAUUCCACACCGUAUUUUUGCACUUUGUCAUUUUUGCCUAUUUUAUUCAAGAAAAGAGUGUAUUCUUGUAUAUAAUAUUUGAUGAAUUAAUGAUGCUUUUUGAAAAUUCUGUCAUAUUGUUACAUUUUAUAAAUGUAAAGUCAUAACUUUAUCAUAACAAAUCUACUUUUUCUCAACAUAUAGCUGUCAUUCAUUUCAUACAUGAACAUAUCGCUGCUGUCGGGACAAAACCUUAAGUUUGUUGUUUUUCAGUUUUUUGGACCAAACG